AUGAGUCAAGACAUAACCGAAUUGAAAGCCUUUAAGGAAGAAGUAAAUUCUAACUUGCAAAACCAAGGAGCUGCCAUCCAGAAGCUAGAAAAUCAAAUUGUGUAUUUGUCUAAGCAAACCCCUGGGCCAAGCGUUUCUCAUGCUGCCAAGGCUAUUGCAAGGGAAGAAUGUAAAGCCAUAACCCUCAGAAGUGGAACAAAGCUAAAGGAGAUCUCAAAGGAAACCACAGAGGAUGAAGCAAAGGAAAAUGUGAGAGACAAGGAACAGGGACAAUCUUCUACACCGUCUGCAACAAAAAAAAAGGAAAAAGAGGUCCUGAAGCCUUAUACACCCAAAGCACCAUAUCCUCAACGUUUGAUGAAAAGUGAAAAGGAUGGCCAAUUCUCCAGAUUCUUGGAGAUUUUCAAGAAGCUUCAAAUCAACAUUCCAUUUGCUGAGGAAAUAGACUGGAGAAAUGAGGAAACUGUGUUGUUAACUGAAGAAUGCAGUGCCAUUAUUCAACACAAAUUGCCUCAGAAAUUGAAAGAUCCAGGCAGUUUCCAAAUCCCUUGCAUCAUAGGAGAAGUCAUGGUGGAGAAGGCCUUGUGUGACUUAGGGGCCAGUAUCAAUUUGAUGUCUCUAACAAUGAUGAGAAGAAUGAAGAUUGAGGAAGCCAAACCAACAAGAAUGGCCCUCCAAUUGGCAGAUCGAACUUUUAAAUUCCCUCAUGGGAUAGUUGAGGAUUUGUUGGUGAAAGUGGGAGAUUUUAUAUUUCCUGCCGAUUUUGUGGUGUUAGAUAUGGAGGAAGAAGCCAAAGCUUCAAUAAUUCUGGGAAGACCCUUCCUGGCUACUGUUGGAGCCAUCAUAGAUGUCCAAAAGGGAGAACUCACUCUUAGACUACAUGAUGAGAAAUUGGUGUUUAAUGUAUUCAAGGCAAUGAGCUAUCCAUCAGAAUCACUAAAGGAGUGCAUGAGGGUGGAUGUAGUGGAUAUUGCAAUACAAGAAACCUUUAAGGAAACAACAAAGGAAGUGGCAGAGGAGGAGUUCACCAAGGAUAUUGAAGUUAGUGACAUCAAGGCUGCUGAAACAACCAUGCAAAGCAUGCCUGAGAGAGUGAAAGAAGAGAAGGAAGCACCAAAACCUGAGCUCAAAGCAUUGCCCCCUAAUCUCAAGUAUGCAUACUUGGGUAGUGAUAAGAGCCAUCCUAUUAUCAUUAGCUCUGCCCCUGAGCCAAGAACAGGAAGAAGAAUUGAUCAAGGUGCUACAAACUCAUCAAGAUGCCAUUGGAUGGACCCUAGCUAA